AUGUCGAUGAAUGGUCGCGCGGACGCCGUAUGCGGAAACCGAGGAAGUUACUACAAAGUGCCACUACUUGGUGUACUCGAGAGCGUCCUGAAUGAACGCGAUGAUGAUUGUAAAGCAUGCGAUGCUCAGAGGCACGCCGAACAAGCUAUAUCGCACCAUAUCGAGACGGGAACUCAGGCUCUUAACGAAAUGGCUAUGAGUAAUCAAGGCCCUGACCCCGACUUCUUUGCCCAACGUGAGUUCCAUGCUCGGAGUGUCGCCGGCAAAAGCUUGCAGCAGAUCGAAAAUGAAGCUGAGACACUAUACAUGAUUAUGAAAGACCUCGAAGCUCAGCUCGAAGCUCGAAAGCAGGAUCUGGCAAAUUUGCGGCAUAGUCAACAAGCUGCUGAAAGCUAUCAACAGGCAAUGGUCGGUGCAAUGAUGGCGGCCCCUGCCCAGACCGAUCGGAACACACGAGCUCGAUUCUACUACGGUCCUGUGACCCCCGAGGAGGUGGGAUUUCGUGGAGCCGAUGUUCCCAUCCAAUUCCCCGGCAACAUGCCUGCUGGAGGAGUUGGUCUCUGGCAUCAUCUGCUUUGA